GGUGUAACGUGAUAUCAUUUUAUAAAUUUAUUUUCACUACAAGUUAACAUACCAUUGAGUAGACGGGCACUGACUUGUCGGAUCAAUAACUUAAGAAGACAACUUUUUUCAAUAUCCUAAUGAGGAAUAUAAGUCACUGGCAAUAUUAUGGCUGUACCUGGUAAAAAGUCAUCUCAAAAAGUCUCAUCUAUACUAUCUCAAGGUGGUGCUGAAGAUUUUGACAUAUUCUGUAAUCAAUGUGACAGAGAUGACAUCAGACUACCUGCCUUUGGUUACUGUGUCGAUUGUGAGGUACAUUUAUGUCAAACUUGCUAUAACACUCACAGGCGACCAAAACCACUACGCCAUCACCAACUUCUAGAUAAAGAUCACAUGCCACAAAAACAAAACCUCAGUAAGUCAUUAAAAUCUACUUCAGGCGCACAGGAUGGUGAUUUAUCAAAGCCUUGUACCAAACAUACCAAAGAAGUGAUCAAGUUCUACUGUCAUGACCAUAAUACACUUAUAUGUAGUGUAUGUGUGACCCUUGAACACCCAACGACAUCCUGCAAUGUGGACUACAUACCUGAUAUAUCAGGACAGAUUUUAGACAGCACUGAGUUCAAAGAAACUCUUAAAGAUAUUCACAAAUUAACAGAGGAAUGCUGCCAGAUUACAAAAGAUAUGAAACAAAGAGUUGCUAAAUCAACAACUUCUCUGAAAGAUGCUAUAGCAGAGAUAGACAACUUCAGGACAGAGAUAAACAAGAGAUUAGAUGAACUAGAAAUGGAGGUUAAAGAUACUGCAACAACAAUUCAACAUGACAACAACAAAAAGUUGAAAACAACAGAAACAACAUGUGAUAACAUCAACAGAUCACUCCAAGCAUCAGCUGAUACUCUAAAACAUCUCAACACCAACAAGAAAACUGACCAACUGUUUACUGAAUUGAAAUCGGCUCAGCAACAGAUAUUACACAACGAAAAUAUAGCAAAAAAACUACCAACAACCAAUGAUGUUGAUGAAUAUACUUUUGAAUCCAAUCAUACUAUCAAAAAGCUCCUUCAGAAUGAGAAAUCAUUAGGAUCGUUAAGAAAAAAGGGAAUAAAGCAACCAGCUCAACCAAAGAAUAAGGCUGCAGUACCAAUGAAAAUGACUACCUCUGGAAACAUCAAUGUUAAAACAUCCUCAGAUACAGAGGAUUGCUGGAUUACUGGUAUAACUGUCUCUCUUCAAAAUCAAUUAUUUGUAGCAGAUUACAAAAAUAAAUCAAUUAAAAUGAUGGACAUAAACAGUGAAGAAAUCAAACAACUACAGCUUGAAUCAAACCCCUGGGAUAUCACCAUAGUGACCAAUGAUACACUUGCUGUGACAUUACUAUACACUAACACAAUACAGUUCCUUUCCUUCUCCUCAAACUCUCUCUCAUUGAAAAACAAACUGAAAGUAGAUGGAUGCUUUGGAAUAAGCCAUCAUCAGGGGAAACUAGCACUUACAUUUUCACUUCCUCCCAAACUCCAAAUCAUGGACUUGAAAGGUAAUAUGAAAAUUAAAGUUGAGAAAGAUUCCAAUGGUGACAAUAUUUUCAAUAGCCUUUGGUAUGUCACCACAAACAGUCAUUCAAUCUAUGUAUCUGAUUACUUCAAACAUGAAGUUAUAUGGUUUAAUUGGCAGGGAGAGAUGAUAGGAAGGAAUGUAGAUAAUGAAUGUCCAAGGGGUAUUUCACUGUUAGAUAACGGGUCCUUCUUUGUGAGUGAUUACUUGGGUAAAUGUAUAUAUAGAGUUAGUAGUGACUGUAAAGACUGGACAACUAUACUGAAAAAAGUGGAGUUUCCUCAAGCUAUAUGUUGGUGUGCUGAGACAAGUACACUUUAUUUAAGUACAUACACAGGUUUAUCUGAAGAGAGGAACAAUGAUAUAAAAGAGUAUAAAAUGGUGUAGAACCAAGAAAUGACAAUUGAUGCAGUCAAAGAUAGACAAGAUACUACCAUUAAGUACAUCAGAUCAUGCAACCCUAAUCAAGAUCACCAGCAGCAUUCAAGAUUACCAGUAGAAUUCAAGAUCACCAGUAGAAUUCAAGAUCACCAGAGGAAUUCAAGAUCACCAGUAUUCAAGAUAACUAGCAUUCAAGAUAACUAGUAUUCAAGAUAACCAUCAUUCAAGAUACCAAGAACUCACUUAAAACUUAGCAACAUUAUAAUGGUAUUCAAUAUCAUUUGUUUUUUGUUGGUCUAUAUAUAUGUGCACUAAAGUAUUUUUUUUACAAAAUAAAUCCAGGGUUUGAGAGAGGAACUUUUUUCCAUUUAUGAUACUGUGUUCUUCCUUUUCCCUGGUCCGAUUACAGUGUUGUCUUUCAUUUUUCAAAAGAAAAAUAAAUAUAUAACAAGAGGGUCCUUAGUCGCUCACCAGAAACAACUGUUUUUAGUGUUAGAAAUUAUUUUCAAAUGAACUUGCCCAAAGGCAAGUCCACCUCAACUUUACCUUGCCCCUCUUGUAAUAAACUUUCACAACACUGAUUGUUUUUUUUCCUUCUUCAUAAUAAACAAUAGGGCCAAGAUGGCCCUAGGUCACUCAUCUGACCCAUCAUUUUAUUGUUCACUAUAUAAAUUGAAAUAUUUUGUUCUAAUAUGAUUAUUAAAAGGCUUUGUUAAUAAUAUCUAUGUUGAAAGUAUGUUCCAAUGAGAAAAUGUAGAAUAAAUGCAGAAUAAAUGACCACUAGAGCUUAGGGUUAAUUUUGAUGGGACAAUUUUUUCAUAACUUUUUUAUGUGAAUACAUAAAAUGUCACAUGCAAAAUGUGUUAGGUGUAGAUGUUUGUUUAUAUACAUUCUAUAUUGUAACAUGACUGUACCUAAAACAAGAGCUGUCACAAGAAAGGUUGGAUAUCGUUAAGAACGAAACGAUAUGAUACGAUACCGAUACUUGUGAAACGAUAUGGUAUUUUAUUGAUACCGAUACUCGAUACUUUUAAAGCAUUUGAGCAGCUUUAUUCAUUAUGUAUUCAUUAUUUCUGUAGGAAUCUUAUUUUGUUUUGUUUUAUUAUCAACGAAAGUAAAUAUCAAGCUUCUUUGUGAUAUCAAUUAUAUUCCAUAUCCCUUUUACUCAGAAUGUAUUAAGAUAAAAUUGAGAAAACCAAAA